GUUGCGCCUCUGGGUUUAGAAACUCUGUGUUAUCGCCUCUGUCUGUGCAUGAGAGUUUAGUUUCCCUCCCAGAAAACACGUGAUACCGUAAAGUGUUGUGUAUUCAGGAGGCGCCUGAAGCGCGGAUGGUUUCACUCCUUUUUGCGAGUUUCGGCUGACUUGACCGCAGUCCUUCAGGCCGUCUAUGUCUUUGUUUUUACAUGUAUAUUUUCGCUUUAGUUUUUACAUGUAUAUUUUCCCAUCUGCUUUUACGAACAGGGAAACAUCACUUUCAUCCGAAUGGGAUUCCUCUUGGAACGCAAGGUCUUCAGGUACAAUUAUUUAUUAAUGUCAGCAUUUAGUUCAUAUCAAGAAACGGUGUAGCAUGUAUCAUUUUACUAUAGAAACACUGUGGGCUUUCAUUACUACAGAUCUGUUUGUUUUUUAUAUCAUAAAAAGGGUUUGUUGUGUUGAAUGAUUUCAAGACUUAUAGACGGGUUAUAGACACCAGAUUUGUAUAAACACAUAAAUAACAGUAGCCUAAAUGUCAAGUGUUGUCCUCCUGUCCCAAUAUUGGAACAUGCAAUCUGAUCUUCAUGUUUGAUGCAAUACAAACCUCACAAUAGGUCUGUACAGGAUCGGAUCGUAGUGUCAACCUUUCCUAUUGUGUGAGCAGGACAAGUUUAUUUUCACUUCUGUAUUCAAUAUCUUUUUUUUGUUUUUCAGGUCAAUGACCAAACAUGAGAUAGAAGACUUAGGCUAUGUGAUGUUUAAUAAAUAAGAAGAUAUGAAACAUUUCCUUCUAACUAUUUAUUUGAUGUUGCAGUGUUCAUAUGGUAAGUUGCCAACACCAAUCAUUGUUUAAGAACAGGUUCAACAUCUGACUGUACUGUUUUUGUCACUAUCAUAUAUGUUGUUGUAGUAUGCCUUAUUUAAGCAAUAAGGCACGAGGGGGUGUGGUACGUGGCCAAUAUACCAUGGCUAAGGGCUGUUGUUAUGCACGACAGAACGCGGAGAGCCUGGAUACAGCCCUUAGCCGUGGUAUAUUGGCCAUAGACCACAAACCCCCGAAGUGCCUUAUUGCUAUUAUAAACUGGUUACCAAUGUAAUUAGGGCAGUCAAAAUAAAUGUUUUGUCAUACCAUGAUAUACCACAGCUUUCAGCCAAUCAGCAUUCAGGGCUCGAACCACCCAGUUUAUAGUAAGCAUUGUGAUCUGGGUGGUUCGAGCCCUGAAUGCUGAUUGGCUGGUAUAUCGUGCCUAAGAACAGCCCUUAGCCAUGGUAUAUUGGCCAUGGUAUAUUGGCCAUAUACCACACCCCCUCUGGCCCUCUGGCCCCCUCUGGGGGGGGCAAACACUUUUUCACACAGGGCCAUGUAGGUUUGGAUUUUGUUUUCCCUUAAUAAUAACAACCUUAAUUUCAAAACUGCAUUUUGUGUUUACUUGUGUUAUCUUUGACUAAUAUUUAAAUUUGUUUGAUGAUCUGAAACAUUUAAGUGUGACAAACAUGCAAACAAAUAACAAAUCAGGAAGGGGGCACUUUUUCACACCACUGUAUGUACUGUUCCUGCCUACCUGGGCUCGGAUAAGAUACUGCAAUCUCCAUUUGCUCUCACACAUAUACCCACCCACAAACAGUCUGUGUCUGUGGGCAGUAUAGUGGUACCAUAUACUGUAUGUUAUCUUUAUUUAUGAGUUUGAUGGUAAUGGCCCUCACUGUAUCCUCUUGUUCCUCCUAGCCCUGUACACCCUCCCUGCUCCAGUCAAUGUUUCCAUAGAGUCCCUCAACUUCCACCAUGUUCUACGCUGGAGCCCUGGUCCAGGCACACCUCCCGGGACUAUGUACAAGAUCACCUGCAGGUUGUCACCCACACCCCACACACCCACCUCUGUGGCUGCUUUGCGUGAUGUAUUGUUGUCACUACCUUUUUGCCCUUCAUGCUGUUGUCUUUGCCUAACAAUGUUUGUACCAUGUUUGUGCUGCUACCAUGUUGUGCUGCUGCCAUGUUGUGUUGCUACUGUGUUGUGUUGUCAUGUUGUGUUGCUGCCAUGUUGUGUUGUUGUCUUAGGUCUCUCUUUAUGUAGUGUUGUGGUGUCUCUCCUACAUUUUUAUUUGUAAUCCCAGCCCCUGUUCCCACAGGAGGUCUUUUGCCUCUUGGUAGGCCGUCAUUGUAAAUAAGAAUUUGUUCUUAAUUGACUUGCCUAGUUAAAUAAAGGUUCAAUAUACACUACCGGUCAAAAGUUUUAGAACACCUACUCAUUCAAGGGUUUUUCUUUAUUUUUACUAUAUUCUACAUUGUAGAAUAAUAGUGAAGACAUCAAAACUAUGAAAUAACACAUCAUGUGAAUCAUGUAGUAACCAAAAAAAGUGUUAAACAAAUACAAAUAUAUUUUUAAUUUGAGAUUCUUCAAAUAGCCACCCUUUGUCUUGAUGAUAGCUUUGCACACUCUUGUCAUUCUCUCAACCAGCUUCACCUGGAAUGCUUUUCCAACAGUCUUGAAGGAGUUCCCACAUAUGCUGAGCACUUGUUGGCUGCUUUUCCUUCACUCUGCGGUCCGACUCAUCCCAAACCAUCUCAAUUGGGUUGAGGUCGGGGGAUUGUGGAGGCCAGGUCAUCUGAUGCAGCACUCUAUCACUCUGGUUCUUGGUCAAAUAGCCCUUACACAGCCUGGAGGUGUGUGUUAGGUCAUUGUCCUGUUGAAAAACAAAUGAUAGUCCCACUAAGCCCAAACCAGCUGGGAUGGCAUAUCACUGCAGAAGGCUGUGGUAGCCUUGCUGGUUAAGUGUACCUUGAAUUCUAAAUAAAUCACAGGCAGUGUCACCAGCAAAGCACCCCCCACACCAUAACACUUCCUCCUCCAUGCUUUACGGUGGGAAAUACAGAUGCGGAGAUCAUUCGUUCACCGACACCGCGGCUCACAAAGACACAGAGGUUGGAACCAAAAAUCUCAAAUUUGGACUCCAGACCAAAGGACACAUUUCCACCGGUCUAAUGUCCUUUGCUUGUGUUUCUUGGCCCAAGCAAGUCUCUUCUUCUUAAUGGUGUCCUUUAGUAUUGGUUUAUUUGCAGCAAUUCAACCAUGAAGGCCUGAUUCACACAGUCUCCUCUGAACAGUUGAUGUUGAGAUGUGUCUGUUACUUGAACUCUGUGAAGCAUUUAUUUGGGCUGCAAUUUCUGAGGCUGGUAACUCUAAUGAACUUAUCCUCUGCAGCAGAGGUAACUCUGGGUCUUCCAUUCCUGUAGCAGUCCUCAUGAGAGCCAGUUUCAUCAUAGUGCUUGAUGGUUUUUGCGACUGCACUUGAAGGAACUUUCAAAGUUUUCCGGAGUGACUGACCUUCAUGUCUUAAAGUAAUGAUGGACUGUCGUUUCUCAUUGGUAUUUUACUAAAUAGGGCUAUCUUCUGUAUACCCCUCCUUCCUUGUCACAACACAACUGAUUGGCUCAAACGCAUUAAGAAAGAAAGAAAUUCCACAAAUUAACAAGGCACACCUGUUCAUUGAAAUGCAUUCCAGGUGACUACCUCAUGAAGCUGGUUGAGAGAAUGCCAAGAGUGUGCAAAGCUGUCAUCAAGGCAAAGGGUGGCUAUUUGAAGAAUCUCAAAUAUAAAAUAUAUUUUGAUUUGUUUAACACUUUUUUGGUUACUACAGGAUUCCAUAUCUGUUAUUUCAUAGUUUUGUCUUCACUAUGAUUCUACAAUGUAGAAAAUAGUAAAAAUAAAGAAAAACCCUUGAAUGAGUAGGUGUUCUAAAACGUUUGACCGGUAGUGUAUAUAUAUUUUUUAAACAUGUCAUGUUGGAUCAUUGGCUGAGCUGGCCAAUCAGCGGUCUACUCACAUGAAUAUCUUUAAUGACCGGUUUACGUCCACACCAUUCUGUUGUUGAGGUACGCCCAAACCCAGUGCUUUGCCUAUAUGCAUUUAGCAGUGGCGGAAAUCUGGAAACACUGGACAGUUACUUUGAAUGAUAACUGAGUAUAAUAUCACCCAUCAUCAUGAUUUUGUUUGUGUUAAUCUCGUUGAAUAAUUAUUCUACUGCAUUGUGGAUAGGUUUUUGGACUUUAGACGAAUGAUGGUGAUCGUAUUGCCAUGACACACUUGAUAUGACUGGGUUGUGGAUUGUCUCAGAGGUUAGAUGUAAUAACACUAUAUUUACAGUAGUAAAUCAUUGCUUUUCAGAGAGACAGUCAUUGGAAAGUUCAGACUUCAGUCAGAGCAUUUUGGGUUUCACUUGUGGAGAAAAGCGUUGGUUUUGGACAUAAGCUAAAACCUUUACCUUUAACCAGGAUUAGCCUAUUCAGCGUCAUUUGCCUGUCUUGCAAAGUGUGUUGUGGCUGGAAGAUGUGACUGCAGUGUGAAGUGUUUUUUAAAAGUAUUGCUUUCACUUGACCAUAGAUACAGUUUUGUGUCAUCGUGGUCAUUGUUUCCACCCUCAUAGUAUCUGCUCUAGACUCUAGAGACAGUACUCUGUUAUGCAGGUGUUACCACUUUAAAAAAUCUGUGAAUUUCAAGGGAAUUCAAUAUAAUCAACCACAUUCCCUUCUGCUGGGGUAUACAAAACAACACUCUGAGACAAUGAGAUUUAACCAAACUUACUGUAUUUUGUCAAUAAAGUUAUUCAACUAGGCCUACUCCUUGUUUUAUUUGCUAAUAUUCGGCGCCGCACAUUUUACAUUUACAUUUUAGUCAUUUAGCAGACGCUCUUAUCCAGAGUGAGUGCAUACAUAAAAAUAAAAAAACUUUAUACUGGCCCCCCGUGGGAAUCAAAUCCACAACCCUGGCAUUGCAAGCGCCAUGCUCUACCAACUGAGCUACACGGGGCUACACAGAAAUUACCCUCCAUGUUUCUGUGUCAACAGAAGAAACCACAAGAAGCUAUUGCUACGACCUCAACCCAACAUGACAAGUCAUAGGCUGGAUCUAAAGUUCCACAAAGAAGAGUAUAAAUUCUAUGUUUGUGCCUCCCGCAACCGCUCAGAGUCGCCCUUGGUGGAGACCACCUUCACCCCCUACUUACAGAGUAUGUCUGCUCUCCAUUUUGUCUUGCUAAUAGGAAUGUUAAGAUAUUUGUUUGCUAGAGAUUUUGAAUAGGAGGUGUUUGUGUGAGUGCAAUUAUUUACAUUAGCUAAGUUGACAUGAAAUUACACAAUCUAGUCAUGUAUUUGUGUGUGAAGGUGUCUGUUGUAAUGUUUUUGUAAAUUUGUUUAUCUGUGUGUGAAAUGAUGCUACAGUACCAUUAUAUCUUACAUAGCUGUUAUUGGGUCUCCAACAUUGUCUUUGGAUGGAUGUGGCAACUGCCUGGAAAUCAACAUCACACUGCUUGAGAUAGAAACUAUUAAAGAUAUCUAUGGGAAAUCCUUAUCUUUUGACAUCUACUGGAAGAGAGCAGGAGAUACACAGGUACAAACAACUAUGCCUAUUCUUUCCUUGUCUUCAUUUUAGUAUCAAAUUGUACUCUUUCUUUAUGAUGUGAAAUAUAGAGGACCAUUUAGUCUAAAUCUUACUCUUAGUUCAUGUUCAUUUCCAGCCCAAAAAGACCCAAACAACUAAUUUAAGUUACACGCUGGAGAACUUGGAGGUGGGUGUGGAGUACUGUGUGAGGGUGUACACAAAGAUCACCACCAACCCCCACACACUGCCCUCUGGGUGGAAGUGUGCUUACACCAGCAUUCUGGAGCCCAACAGAGGUGAAUAUUGUUUAUAGUUAUAAGUCAGUGUUUCAUCCCAAUUGCACAGAGCUCAUAUUUUAUCAUGAUUCUCUCUCUCUCUCUCUCUCUCUCUCUCUCUCUCUCUCUCUCUCUCUCUCUCUCUCUCUCUCUCUCUCUCUCUCUCUCUCUCUCUCUCUCUCUCUCUCUCUCUCUCUCUCUCUCUCAGUCCCUGCUGUUGUAGCUGGGCUGUCUGUUGUCCUCAUUGUGAGUGGGAUAGGUCUUAUGGUUCUCAUGUUUGGCCUGUUCUACAUGGGGUUCCUGUGCAAGCUGAAGACCCAACAACCCAGAGGACUGGUGAGAAAUGGCUACAUCUGUAACUAACUACACAAUCUCACUUUUUCACUGUUCGUCUGUGAUCCUUUAUGUUUGUCUUUGUCAUUGUUUCAAUGUGGAUCUAGAAUGUGAAUUUGUGGAGCUUAAGAAAUGCAAAGCCAAUGCAAAUUCCUAUAGGAAAAUACUGUAAGUUGAACUCUAUCACCCACGUAGUCUACAUAAAGUGGUGUACAUACCAUCUAUAGCCAUAAGAUUCAGGCAAUAACGUCACUGUACCUUUCUCCGUGUUUAACACAGCCUCUCUCUCCUCCCCCCAUGCAGACUGCCCUGGUGGAGAGCUACUUCCUCAUCCCAGAGAGGACGAUCCCUGACUUGGUCUCUAUAUCUUCUGAGACAGAGGAACAAGGGAAGGCCCUCAGACCAAAAACACACCAUGACAGACAGAACUCGAACCAUGCGGGGGAGGAGGAGGAUGAUGAAGAGGAAGAGGGGGGAAACGACGACUACGUGGACCGCGCUGCGGGGCUGUCCUUUGACAGCAGCUCCAGCACCACACAGUCCCAGGAUGCAUCAGGGGCUAAUGUGACCCUCCUUGACACAGCAGGGCAUUCUGUGGGGUUGAGUUCUGAGGUAGCUGCUACUGAGGAGGAAAGGGAAGCUCCUGUGGGUGUGAUUGUGCUAGGAUGUCAGGCUCAGGGAGGGGUCAAUGGUGAACAGGUGAGUGUCAUUUCCAGCUUUGACGGAGACCGACCCAGACCUCUGGGACUUGGAGGGUUGGGUGGAGAGGAGGAGAAAGAGAGAGAGGUGGAGGAGAAGGAGACCUCUGGUAACGUCAAUCUGUUCUCUGUGACUCUGGGGGCAUUAAAGAGGGAUGAUGAGGAGGAGUAUGAAGAGGAGACAGACUUUCUAUUAGAAUUUUCAAAACAGGAGCAGAAGCCUCAACUUCCCAUAGACUCCUUACAGAGGACCUUACGACCGGGCAGCAUGAGAUCUCAGAGUGAGAUACAGGAAGAUACAGGCCUAGUACUGACACUGCCACAGACAGUCUGCACACGGAUAUACUCUGAAUAUUCAAAUAGACAUGCUGACAGCAGCACAGAGCCACACUCUGGCUACCUUGUAACGAACACAGGCACUGUGCAGGCUGACAAUGCGACAGAAGGAGAGGAGGAAGACUUCUCAGGGUACAUGGGGCGUUGA